AAAUGAGGAAAAGGAAAAAGAACCUUUUUCUUUUUUUCCUUCUUGAGUUUCCGUCUUUGUCUAGAUCACCUCACUUCCGUAACCUGCAAAGAAAUCAAAGUUGAACCUGCUACCCUUUUAGUAUAAGGGCAUGAAUCUCUAAAUUCACCUGCCAAUCUCCAGCUUUCUUGAAAACCCACUUCUCUUUUCUUGCUUUUCUCCAGGUUUCUUGAGAACCCAUUUCUGCUUCCUUGAUUUUCGCCACAGGGUUUGUUGUGUCUCAGUUUCAUUGGAAUUCUUGAUUCUGGGUGUCAGUGAUGGGGACUUUGGGUGUAGUGGUUUCAUCAAUGGUGAUGGACUCUCAUUCCAGUCCAUGCUUGUGUUUGGAUGCUCUGCCUUCGUGUAAUCUGAGCAGUGGGGAUUUAGCUUUACAUAGGAAUUCUUCUUCAACAUCACUCUGCAGAAGGCAGAUUAAAACCCCAGGUUCAUUGGAAUUGAGCACUUCAUUUCUGGAUAGGAGGGGGUUGGGUAAAGGGCAAAGGGGAAAUUUCAGCAGUUUGAAGAAGCAGAAGCAGCCAAAAAAGAGGGGCUUUACAGUGGUGAAUGAGUUGGGUGGUCAGUAUGAAGAGACAUUUGAAGAUGUGAAAUCACAAAUUCUCAACUAUUUCACAUACAAAGCUGUGAUGACUGUUCUAGACCAGCUUCAGGAAAUGAACCCUCCACAGUAUCAAUGGCUCAAUGGAUUUAUAGAAACAAAUAAGCCUAGAGAUGGGAAGCAUUUCAUUCGCAAUCUUGUAAAGGAAAAACAAGACCUUGCAGAAAGAGUGAUGAUAACACGACUGCACCUCUAUGGAAAAUGGAUAAAGAAAUGCGACCAUGAUGAACUGUAUAACCAAAUAUCUGAUCAGAACUUGGAGGUGAUGCGUGAACGACUCAUGGAGACAGUGAUUUGGCCAUCAGAUGACACAAAUACAGAGGUGGUUGGGUGAAGGAAUGGGAGCUCUACUGCCAUCACCCAAGUUCUUUCAUGUUUUCAUUUCAUUUCAUUUCAUUUCUUAUGGCUGUAACUUAAUAGUGUAGGUGUGUGCUUAGGAGGAUUUGCUAAACAGUGUUUUAUUUUAUGCUAUAACAGUCAUAAGCAAUCUUAGUUUUAAUACCAAAUGGAAAUUUGUGCAUAGAAAUUCCAUGUAUCAGUUUGAUUCUAUUUUUGGAUACAAACUAUACAAAUCUUAUGCCUUAUGGAA